AUAACACCGCGUCCCAGCAGGAGAGACAAAGAGAGACAAAGAGACAGAGAAAAGGUGCAGGUCGUCACUAGUAGGUCGUCGUCAUCACAGGUCGUCAUGGCGGCGGAGGCUCCUCUUAAGCCCCUCCAGCUGCAGGUGGCUAGGAUCCGUCAGGAGGAGGAGGACAGUUGGAUCAGCGGUGAGGAGCUGUACACGGAAGGCAGCAGUGAUGACGAGGGGGCAGCCCACGCCCACGCCCCUACACACGCCCACCCACAUCCUCACUUCAAACUCCCCGCGUCUCCCGCACCACGCGUCCCCGGCAAGCUCAUUCCCCCUAAAAGCCCUGUCGAGCCCCCUCCCUCCACCACGCCGUCGGCAGCCUCCGAGCCAGCUGAACAGACGGACCCUCACCUGACGGAAACCACCCGCCGGCUGUCACUGAUGGGGCUGGAAAAUGCGGAGAAGCCCACCACGCCAACGCCCACCCCGAAGGACGCCGAGGAGGUGGAGGAGCAGGAGGAGGUGAUGCUGUGGCGGCCCAAGCGAGGCUCCAUCAAGCUGCCGCACAUCGACCUCGAUCCGCCGGCCCCGUCCCUCCUGGAGCAAGUGUCAGGCUAGGCGGCCCCCACCCCACCAUCCUACUCCUUAACCUAUCACAUAUAACCUCACUUACCCACGCCAGCAAAAUUAGAGUACUUCUCUAUGCACAACUUAACAUUUCAUGCAGUUGUGUAUCCUUCCUACGUCUGUCAUGUCUUUUCCUCCUUUCUUCCACUGCACUCAUAUUGUUGCCUUUCUUAAUCUCAAAACUUUCCUCUUUCACUGAUAAGCAAAAGUGACCUGUGCUCUUGUAAGUAAGGAAUGAACCAAUCAACAAAAAUUCACAGAUACACACAUUAUUUUUUUCAUUAUUGUUACGUGAAUGUGAGUUGUACGCGUAGCUAUAAUUGUGUACGUUUCAACUGAUCAUGUAAAUCUAUGUUUAGUGUCGUCUGUAUAUUUUAGUUUCUAUUUCUUUGCCAUUGAUGUUCUGUUCGCGAUUGUGUCCUUUAGCUUCACGCAAAAUAUUUAUCAUACAGUCGGCUGUUUUCCGUCAUGACGCUGUAGUCUUACUUUUUGCAUUUGUAUAAAGGAAGUAGGAGAGCGACACGGAGCUGUUUUUAGACUAGUGGCCGAGGCCCGCCUAGCAGCGUGGUCCUCGCGGCGAGACUCGGACAUGACAGGAGCUGCCGCGCCCCCAGGGCCGCGACCCAUCAAGAUGUGAAGCGGUUCUCAUUAUAUUAUACCCAGUGCUUGUGUGUGAAAGGGUUGACAGUCGUCGUGUGUGAGCUUGCUGCCGAGUGAUGACAAAAUACACAGAUAAUCAAAGUAUAAUCCACUACCUUUUGUUGAAAGACAUAAUAAAACGGAUUUUUGUA